AUGGAAAGAGAACACAAAAAUCAACAUGAUGAAAUACAACAACAAUACGAUAUGCAUUUUGCACAUGAACAAUUAACAUAUAGAUAUUUUAAAGAAAUGCAAGAAAUUAGAAAAAAAGAUAGACAACAAAUGAAAAAGAUAAAUGAAGAAGAACGAAUAGCUAGAGCUGAAACAAUGUAUCAAUUAGAAGAUGGUCAAUAUUUUAUUAAAAAUGGAACUUUAAUGUAUAAAUUAUCUUCAAAAGAUAUUGUUGCUAAAGCUUCUGUUCAUUAA